UUUCUUCUGUCCUCCUCCUGUUUUUCUGGUUCUGUAUCUCCCUCUUUUGCGUUACGUGGUCCUGUCUUCUGGUAUUGGUGAUGUGAUCUCUUGUCAUCGGAAUCGUCACUUGUAUUCUUAUUAUGUGAAAUUUCUUCUGAUUGUAAUGGUUUGGCUACAAUAAUUUUUCCCAUUUUGUUCUCUGCUUGUUCCCCCUUUUUUUUGCUGGAUUUAGCGAUGUAUAUUCCACUUUGGGUGAAUAUUUUGAUUAAUUUUUUGCCGCCCUUUUCUGCACUUUGAUUUCGUCUGGUGGUUUCUUCUGUUUCUACUGAUCUGCUAACUUUUGUCCUCUUUCUUCUGUAGUGUUUCAGUUCAUGUUUUAUUUCAAAAAUCUUCUCAUCGACCCGGUUCGUUUCCUCUGGGCUCUGUUUCGUCUCUGUCUUCGCUUCUCUCUCUGUUUUAGAAUAGAGUACUCUUGCCAUCGUUUUUGAUCGCUCUCCUUCUCACCUCGUUCAGGAUCAUAGCUGUUGUUCAUGGUUUCAGGUGCUGGAUUCGCUUCUAAAAACAAGUAUUUAUAUGGCAAGGCCACUGCCGAGGUCAAGCUGGUCGAAGGAGACUCCGCCGGAACCGUCACUGCCUUCUACAUGGCAUCAGACGGUGUGAACCACAACGAAUUCGACUACGAGUUUCUGGGGAACACCACGGGGGAACCGUACCUGGUCCAGACGAAUAUAUACGUGAACGGGAUCGGCAACAAGGAGCAGCGGAUGGAUUUAUGGUUCGACCCCACGGCCGACUUCCACGCGUACUCCAUCCUCUGGAACCCCCGCCAGGUGGUCUUCCUCGUCGACGACACCCCGAUCCGCGUCUACGCGAAUCACGAGGAGAGCGGUGUCGUGUUCCCGCGGGACCAGCCAAUGGGGGUCUACAGCUCCAUCUGGAACGCCGACGAUUGGGCCACCCAGGGGGGCCGGGUCAAGACGGACUGGUCCCACGCGCCGUUCGUGGCGACUUAUCGUGAGGUGCGGAUCGACGGAUGCGGGUGGGGCGCCGGAGAGGAAUUGGCGGCGGCGGUCAAGCGAUGCAGCGAGAGCGAGUGGGGGAAGGAGGGCAGGUACUGGUGGAAGAAGAAGGACAUGGAGGCGCUGAGCGUGCAUCAGAGCCACCAGUUGUUGUGGGCCCGGGCCAAGCAUCUGGUGUACGACUACUGCGCUGAUACGGCCAGGUUCCCUGUACCACCGGCUGAAUGCAAGGCAUGAUGGACGAUGGAUGAUGAUGGAUGGUGGGUGAUGGAGCGGAACUGCUGGUUCUUUUGGUUGGUUUUUUUUUUUGAUGUUGUUUGCUGGUUAAUUGUUUCAUUUCUUAGGUUAUUAGAGGGUGGUGGUGGUUUACACUGUUCUAAACCGGAAAUAAAGCGGGUCGAUGGGUCUGAACGUACGGUCUAAUGAAAUAUCGGCACAUCAUGAAUGUUUUUAAACUCGAAUGGACGGUGAUGAUUUAACAGGUAGACCUUGGGGUGCUUCUUCUUGGCCCAGGUCGUGUACUAAAAGAAGCCCGCCCAACCCAUGGGCCGGCCUUCGUUGAAGCUCAACCUGUGGGCUCGUUUGCGUCCACCCAUCAACGCCUUCGAGGUCUCCUACGUUGAACCUUUCUCAGUAAAAUAAUAUAGAGAGGGUUUU